GUUUGUUCCAUUUACUUCACCGAAGGAGAGUCGGAUUUAAUUUGAAACAUCAUGUUCGUAUGGCCUUGGAUAUAGUAAGCAACAUACCGAUGAGAAAAAGCGAGGCGGUGUUGCCGUAAAGUGAUCUUGUUUUGCUAGCAAUAGUUGGUUUGAAGAUGGUGACGUUUUUUUGCGUUGUAGGAUCCAUGUCGGCCCGGUGUCCGAGUUGCUGUCCAACUGUGCGUAAAGGCCCGUGUUAAGGUAAGAAUGGUGACUGGUGACAAUCUUCAAACCGCCAAGGCAAUUGCGUUAGAAUGCGGUAUACUCGGGUUAGAUGCGGACGCUACCAAGCCAAACCUAAUUGAAAGGAAGUCCUUCCGUGCAAUGUCGGAUGCACAAAGACUCGAAGUAGCUGAGAGGAUAUCGGUGAUGGGGAAGUCGUCUCCUAACAAUAACUGUUACUCGUGCAAGCUCCGAGGAAAAGAGGACAUGUCGUUGCGGUUACUGGAGAUGGAACUGGCGAUGCCCCUGCUUUACAUGAGGCGGAUAUUAGUCUUGCUAUGGGUACUCAAGGCACUGAAGUAGCAGAAGAGAGUAGUGACAUCAUCAUAUUGGACGAUAACUUUGCUUCGGUUGUUAGGGAGGUAAUUAACUCAGUCUGUUUCUUAGUUCCGUUUAGAUGUGAUAAUAUCUACCCAUCCUUAUUAAUCAACAUUUUGGUUUGUUUUUUCUACUAAAUUCAGAAAG